CACUGCGGGACGCAGCCGGUGGCGCCGCGGGGGAAAGACAGCAACCUCGCAACCACCACCAGACGAUUGGUACCUCUUAUGCGUUCAGUGGCAACACGUAGCCGCCCCGCGUGGGCUAGCCGAACCAUGUCAUGACGCUGCCGGAGAUUUCCUCCACAUCUGUCCGCUGCUCCUUCGAGACGCACCCUGUUUUCUCGCCACACCGGUGACCGAAACCGUAUUUUCCCGGCGGAUCUUGGCUUUAUUAUAUCUCUCUCUAGAAAGCAAGCCAGUGGAUAUAUUUGUGCUUUUUCUGGGGGGGCCGGGAUGGCCGAGAGAACCUCGACUGGGAUGCUGACCGUGACUCUGGAGCCCACGCCGGCUGUCGCAAUGACACUCCCGGCGGAGGUCCGCGCUAAAUUGGCCGAGCUGGAGUUGGAGCUGUCCGAAGGGGACAUCACUCAGAAGGGCUACGAGAAGAAAAGAAGCAAACUGUUGGCACCGUACAUCCCGCAGAUCCAAGGUGUAGAUCCCGCUCUGCAGAUAGACAGCCGGAUCCAGGCCUCCUCCCAGGCUGUUCUUCCCGCGUCCAAACACAACAAAUCUCGAGCAGCCAACACUCGAGAUGAACGCUUCCGCUCUGAUCUGCACACAGAAGCCGUCCAAGCAGCUUUGGCCAAAUACAAAGAAAGGAAGAUGCCAAUGCCGUCCAAGAGACGAUCCGUGCUAGUCCAGUCCUCCGUUGAGGCGUGCACUCCGCCAGACACCUCCUCUGCGUCGGAAGACGAGGGCUCUCUGCGGCGAAAGGGCCGUCUGGCCAAUUCCACUCCCAAUCAAAGCCACCCGGCCGUCGAGCACUGGUUUAACCGGGUCAUCCAGGGUUCGUCCACCUCAUCUUCCGCUUCGUCCACCUCGUCUCACCCGGGAGUGAGGUCUGUCGCCACCAGCACCAACGCUAACAGCGGCGCUCUCAACGCCAACACCAAAGCUACUGUGCUGGCUGAUCUUAUGUCACACACACACCUAGAUAACCACAUAGCUCCCCCAGACGUGACGGGCCUCUCGGAGCGCUCCUCACUUCAUGCGGAGCAUUCCCACGUUGCCUCGGUGCGAGGCGUAUCUCGUGGCUACAACCACCACACCAGCAUCAUGGAGACAGCAGAUGGUGUUCCAGUCAACAGCCGCGUCUCCUCCAAAAUCCAGCAGCUUCUCAACACACUGAAAAGACCGAAGCGACCGCCUUUGCGAGAGUUUUUUGUGGAUGACUUUGAGGAGCUCAUGGAUGUUCAGCAACCCAAUCCGAACCAGCCAAAGCCAGAAGGCCAACUCAUGCGUCCCCUUGAGGGAGAUCCUCUCGGAGUGGCCACCAACUGGCCUCCCUCGUUGACAGCAGCCUUGCAACGAUGGGGGACCACUCAACCCAAGAGCCCUUGUCUGACAGCACUUGAUAACGCUGGCAAGCCUGUCUACACUCUCACCUAUGGUAAAUUAUGGACCCGGAGUCAGAAAUUGGCCUACACACUUCUCAACAAGUUAAGCACCAGGAAUGAACCUUUGCUUAUGCCUGGAGAUAGGGUUGCACUUGUAUUCCCCAACAAUGACCCCGUCAUGUUCAUGGUGGCGUUCUACGGCUGUCUGCUGGCAGAGCUGGUCCCCGUACCCAUUGAAGUGCCGCUAACCAGAAAGGAUGCUGGAAGUCAACAAAUUGGCUUUCUGCUUGGCAGUUGCGGGGUGACUUUGGCUCUUACCACUGACGCUUGUCAGAAAGGUUUACCCAAAGCACAAACUGGGGAGGUAGCCACAUUCAAAGGCUGGCCCCGGUUGCUGUGGUUUGUGACUGACGGAAAACACGUUGUGAAGCCUCCCAAAGAUUGGCAUCCUCCAAUACGUGAAGCAAGCAAUGACAUAGCCUACAUCGAAUAUAAAACCAGCAAGGAGGGAAGCACCAUGGGGAUCACAGUGAGCCAUUCAGCCAUGCUUGCUCACUGUCACGCUCUCACACAAGCCUGCGCUUACACUGAAGCUGAGACCGUAACUAACGUGCUGGACUUCAAGAGAGAAGCGGGUUUAUGGCAUGGGGUUCUUACCAGCGUCAUGAAUCGGAUGCAUGUAAUCAGCAUUCCUUACUCGCUAAUGAAAGUCAACCCUCUCUCGUGGAUACAAAAGGUUCACACGUACAAAGCGCGGGUGGCUGUGGUGAAAUCGAGGGACAUGCAUUGGUCUCUGCUGGCUCAAAGAGACCAGCGAGACAUCAGCUUGAGCUCGCUGCGCAUGCUGAUUGUUGCCGAUGGAGCCAACCCAUGGUCAAUAUCUUCCUGCGAUGCCUUUCUCAACGUGUUCCAGGCACGUGGGCUGCGACCUGAGGUGAUCUGUCCAUGUGCCAGCUCUUCAGAAGCCAUGACUGUCGCCAUCCGGAGACCUCCAGAGAUGGGCGUCCCUUCACCGGGCAAGGCGGUGCUGUCCAUGGGCGGGCUGAGCCAUAGUGUCAUCCGCGUGGACACCGAAGAGAAGCUCUCUGUCCUCACCGUGCAGGACGUGGGACAGGUCAUGCCCGGAGCUCUGGUGUGUGUGGUGCGAGCCGAGGGCACGCCGUACUUGUGUCAGACUGACGAGGUGGGAGAAAUCUGCGUGAGCUCAAGGUGCACAGGUUCGGCUUAUUACGGCCUUCAGGGCAUGACCAAGAACAUAUUUGAGACCACUCCAGUCACGUCGACAGGAAUUCCAAUCAGUGACCGAACUUUCACCAGGACCUCUCUGCUGGGUUUUGUGGGACCAGACAGCCUCGUGUUUAUUGUCGGGAAGAUGGACGGAUUGAUGGUGGUCAGUGGGCGGCGGCACAACGCUGACGACGUGGUUGCUACGGCUCUUGCGGUGGAGCCGAUGAAGUUUGUUUACAGGGGGAGGAUAGCUGUGUUUUCUGUGUCGGUGCUGCAUGAUGAGAGGAUCGUCGUGGUGGCGGAACAGAGACCGGAUGCCUCUGAGGAAGACAGCUUCCAGUGGAUGAGCCGCGUCCUUCAGGCCAUAGACAGCAUCCACCAAGUAGGUGUGUACUGCCUGGCCCUGGUCCCCGCCAACACGCUUCCCAAAGCUCCCCUCGGUGGCAUCCACAUAUCAGAGACCAAACAGCGCUUCCUGGAGGGCGCCUUGCAUCCCUGCAAUGUCCUCAUGUGCCCUCACACGUGCGUCACCAACCUACCCAAGCCGAGGCAGAAGCAGCCGGAGGUCGGCCCCGCUUCGAUGAUCGUAGGCAACCUGGUGGCAGGCAAGAGGAUAGCGCAGGCCUGUGGGAGAGACGUGACCCAGUUGGAAGACAAUGAGCAGUUCCUCUACAUUCAAGAUGUGCUACAGUGGAGAGCGCAGGCCACUCCAGACCAUCAGCUGUUCCUUGUUCUCAAUGCCAAGGGCACGGUGGCCAGUGCGGCGUCCUGUCUGCAGCUCCACAAGCGGGCCGAGCGCGUGGCUGCAGCUCUGAUGGGACGCCUCAACACCGGGGACCACGUCGCACUCGUCUACAUGCCAGGAAUCGACUUGAUUGCCACCUUCUAUGGCUGCUUGUACGCUGGCUGUGUCCCGGUGACGGUCCGACCUCCGCACCCGCAGAACCUGGCCACCACCCUUCCCACUGUCAAGAUGAUUGUUGAGGUCAGCAAAUCGGUGUGCAUCCUCACCACUCAAGCAAUAAUGAAGCUGUUGAAAUCCAAAGAGGCUGCCGCUGCAGUGGACAUUAAGAGUUGGCCGAUGGUGCUGGACACAGAUGACCUCCCCAGAAAGAAAAGCCCUCAGAUUUACAAGCCCCCAACCCCGGAGAUGUUAGCCUACCUUGACUUUAGCGUUUCCACCACAGGCAUCCUGGCUGGAGUCAAGAUGUCCCAUGCAGCUACUGGUGCCUUGUGUCGCUCCAUCAAGCUGCAGUGUGAGCUCUACCCUUCUCGCCAGAUCGCCAUCUGUCUUGACCCGUACUGUGGCCUGGGCUUUGCUCUCUGGUGCCUGUGCAGUGUGUACUCCGGCCACCAGUCCAUCCUGGUUCCCCCUCUGGAGCUGGAAAGCAAUGUGUGUGUAUGGCUGGCUGCUGUCAGCCAGUACAAAGUGCGUGUCACUUUUUGCUCCUACUCAGUCAUGGAAAUGUGCACCAAAGGCCUCGGCUCGCAGACGGAAGCGCUACGGCUGCGGAACGUCAACCUAUCGUGUGUGCGCACGUGCAUGGUGGUGGCGGAGGAGAGGCCUCGCAUAGCUCUCACGCAGUCCUUCUCCAAGAUCUUCAAGGACCUGGGGCUUUCGCCACGUGCCGUCAGCACCACCUUCGGCUGCAGGGUGAACGUAGCCAUCUGUUUGCAGCCCAACAGGUUAGGGAAACUGGUCGAGCAGGGCACAUCCGGACCAGACCCCACAACGGUUUACGUAGACAUGAGGGCUUUGCGACACGACAGAGUUCGGCUGGUUGAGAGGGGGUCUCCACAUAGUUUGCCCUUGAUGGAGUCUGGCAAGAUACUUCCUGGAGUCAAGGUGAUUAUUGCCAACACAGAGACGAAAGGGCCCUUGGGAGAUUCUCAUCUCGGAGAGGUGUGGGUGAGCAGUCCUCACAAUGCGACGGGCUACUACACUGUCUACGGGGAGGAAGCACUGCACGCGGACCACUUUAACACUAAGCUCAGCUUCGGUGACACACACACAGUGUGGGCAAGGACGGGCUACCUGGGCUUCCUGCGACGCACCGAACUUACCGAUGCCAGCGGAGAACGCCAUGACGCCCUCUACGUGGUGGGUUCUGUAGAUGAGACCCUCGAGCUGAGGGGAAUGAGGUACCACCCGAUUGACAUCGAGACCUCCGUCAUCCGCUCCCAUAAGAGCAUAGCUGAAUGCGCCGUGUUCACUUGGACCAACCUGCUUGUGGUGGUGGUGGAGCUGGAGGGCUCCGAGCAAGAGGCCCUGGACCUGGUGGCCCUGGUCACCAACGUGGUGCUGGAGGAGCAUUACCUCAUUGUCGGCGUGGUGGUGGUGGUCGACCCUGGCGUCAUCCCCAUCAACUCCAGAGGCGAGAAGCAACGCAUGCACCUGCGAGACGGUUUCCUGGCCGACCAACUGGACCCCAUAUAUGUGGCGUAUAACAUGUGAGGGCUCGGCCGUGGGACGUCAUAUUGACGUUUUGUUUGCUGCUGCAAACCACGAGUGACAUUGGUAGCGUUGCCAUUUACAUCUUCAGGACACUGAGUUGAGACUGUAUCAACAGCGCCCCUGCAGGUUGCAGCCAGGUUGUGCGCUCCAUUUAAAACUUGUGAUAUAGUUUUGUGUGUUCCCUUUUUUAUGUCAACUCAAUGCAAUACGACUGAUGUAAAGAAUGUGGCUUUGGAAUGAUGCGGUUAUCCCACAUCUGCUUGAACCUAUCAUCCUUUUGGAAUAGCCAGAAACGAGAUUACAACGCUGCACUUCGAGCUGUUAGGCAGAACCACUCAACCAACAUGCUGGAAAAUAUAACAAAUGGAAACACUACACACAAAAAGUGUCAAAUUUCAGGCUGAAUUUAAAAUAUGCUAUGACCUUACAGAUUAAGUUCAAUUGACUUUCUCUAACUGUCCGACUGAUCAAUCGUCAGUACUUUUUUAUCCAACUCUAUCAAGAAGCUGGCCAUCUCUACGCCUUUCUGUGACUCUACUAGUCCCUGUUGCAAGCGCUGAAGUACCAAAAACUCUUCUUUGUGACCUAUCUACGACGUCAAAAGUUAAACAGCAUAAUAAAGUUUAAAUACCAAUUCUAAUUGAGAAAAAAAAAAAUCAGUUUAUGGCUGACAGACUUUUUGGAUCAAUUUUGCUGAUCUGCGCCUUGUUAGAGUAAUUGUGCAAAAUCUACCCAAUGAAAACAAGUUUUGAGAAGGUCAAGUUCAUCUGUAAAGGUUCGUGUGUUUUUUGGGUUAAUUCUGAACUUUUUGCGGAGAGUGUACUUUGUCCAUACUACAAACUUUGAUAAAUUAUUUGAUAAAGUUUAUUGCGCAAAUGGCAAUUUGAUGUAAAAUGUUCACAGCCUUUGUUUUCGGUGCCAUAACAUUAAGUAAUGAUUGCAUGUGCUUCCCCUCUUUGUCAGGAUUCCCAUGAUUUUUUUUUUUUGCUUCUUUGCCUCAAACAGGCCUUGAGCAUGCUGCAAGUAUGUACAGGUUUAACAAAAAUGACUAAUAGACGUGGGGCGACAUAACAAAGACUGAAUCUGCAAAAUAUGUGAAAAUUGUCCCUCGCAAACAAUCUGAGAUGGACUCAAGAUGGCGAGGAAAGGAUACAAAGUGCAUCUUUUUAUAGGACAAAUGAAUAGGAAGCAAACAAACUAGCAGAGGAGCGUUCUGCUGAGGUGACUGCGAGAUGUCACGUGUUGUAUUACGUGGAAAUACAUUUUCUCCAGUAUACGGUAAGGUGUCAUUAUUUUCAUAACAGGAUUUCUUAAUGAAUAAAAUAACAAUUUUAACUUAA